AUGUAUGAUGGCGUUGGAGUCGUGCGUAGCCACACAGUCGUGGAUGAACAGGGAGUACAGGAGGGUACUAAGCACAGACCCCUGUGUUGAUGGUCUGCAUGGCAGAUGUGUUCUUGCCUACCCUCACCUCCUGGGGCAACCCCUCAGGAAGUCCAGGAUCCAGUUGCAGAGGGAGGUGUUCAGUCCCAGGGUCCUGAGCUUGGUGAUGAACUUGAAGGGGACUAUGGUGUUGAAUGUUGAGCUGUAGCCAAAGAACAGCAUACUUACAUACAGUAGGUAUUCCUUUUGUCCAGGUGGGUGAAGGAAGUGCGUAGUGCAGUAGAGUUUGCGUCGUCUGUGGACGGUAUAAUUGUAGUGGAUCCAGGGCUCAUAGACAGGAUGAUGGUGUUGAUGUGAGCCAUGACCAUGCUUUCAAAGCAUUUCAUGGCUAUAGAUGUGAGUGCUAAAGGGAUAAUAGCUAUUUAGGCAGGUUAACUUGGUGUUAUUGGGCUCGGGGACUCUUGAGUAGGAGUCCUGGUAGUCCGUUUGGCACUGCGGCCUUGCAAAUGUUAACCUGAAUACUGUCAACGAAUGUUUUGUUUUCUCAGGCCCUUAAGCCUGUGUAGGGCUGUGAUGUGGACUAUGACUGAAGGAGUGGGAUGCUUUUUAAAAUGUAUUGUAUAUGAUGUGUUACCUCCCGAUUCCCGCAAUGGAGGGAAGGGGCGGCAAUACACCGUAUCGGUGGUAGUCUGCCGAUAAACCUCAAAGAAAGGUAUAUAAGCGACUACCAAGAAGAAGAAGAAGAGAAAAGAUGGCGUCGCUGAAUGACAGAUCAGUUUGGGAUGAGGUGGAGGAUGGGAUCGGCAAAGAAGUGCUCAACAUGUCCCCUGAAGAGAUCGUUCAGCGGACACGUCUUCUAGACAAUGAAAUAAAGAUCAUGAAGAGUGAGGUAUUGAGGGUAACCCAUGAGCUGCAGGCCAUGAAGGACAAGAUCAAAGAAAACACAGAGAAGAUCAAAAUGAACAAGACCCUGCCAUACCUGGUCUCCAAUAUCAUUGAGCUUCUGGAUGUGGACCCAAAUGACCAGGAGGAGGAUGGAGCAAAUAUUGAUCUAGAUUCCCAGAGGAAGGGCAAAUGUGCUGUCAUCAAAACAUCUACAAGACAGGCAUACUUCCUCCCGGUCAUUGGCUUGGUGGAUGCAGAGAAACUGAAGCCGGGAGACCUCGUGGGGGUAAACAAGGACUCAUUCCUGAUCCUGGAAACCCUGCCCGCGGAGUAUGACUCCAGAGUCAAAGCCAUGGAGGUGGACGAGCGCCCCGCUGAACAGUACAGUGACAUUGGGGGAUUAGACAAACAGAUCAAGGAGCUGGUGGAAGCAAUCGUUCUACCCAUGAACCACAAGGAGAAGUUUGAGAACCUGGGUAUUCAGCCACCUAAGGGGGUUUUGAUGUAUGGCCCCCCAGGCACAGGGAAAACCCUACUGGCUAGGGCCUGUGCUGCACAGACCAAGGCCACAUUCUUCAAGUUGGCUGGCCCACAGCUGGUCCAGAUGUUCAUUGGUGAUGGUGCCAAGCUGGUCCGAGACGCCUUUAACCUAGCCAAGGAGAAGGCCCCCUCCAUCAUCUUCAUAGAUGAGCUGGACGCCAUUGGAACCAAACGGUUUGACAGUGAGAAAUCAGGUGACAGGGAGGUACAGAGAACUAUGCUUGAGCUCCUCAACCAGCUGGAUGGGUUCCAGUCCAAGAUGCAAGUUAAGGUUAUCGCUGCCACUAACAGGAUAGAUAUCCUAGAUCCCGCACUGCUGCGUUCUGGACGUCUGGACCGUAAGAUUGAGUUCCCAAUGCCCAAUGAGGAAGCACGAGCCCGCAUCAUGCAGAUUCACUCACGCAAGAUGAACGUCAGCCCUGAUGUCAACUACGAGGAGCUGGCCAGGUGCACUGAUGACUUCAAUGGCGCCCAGUGCAAAGCAGCAUGUGUGGAGGCGGGUAUGAUCGCCCUUCGCAGGGGCGCAACUGAGCUCAAUCAUGAGGACUACAUGGAAGGCAUCUUGGAAGUACAAGCUAAAAAGAAGGCCAACCUGCAGUACUAUGCCUAAGGCUCUUCAGGGGAAGUGUGUGAUACUCUCCAGUUGUAUCCAAAACAUGAACCAAUCUGUACAGCACUAAUUGCCACUUCUCAUUCUUUGGUGCUUCGGAAUGCCACUUCUCACUCUUUGGUGCUUCGGAAGUUGUUUGGUGUGAGGCUGGGACUGGAGACAUGUUUUGGUUUAUUAUUGUAUUAUUGGUCCAUGAAAGAAUUAAAAAAAAAAUUUUCAUUAA